AAAUGUUAAUCAGUGAAAGAACCUAUUUUUGGUCAGGAAGAAUUUCACAAAGUAGGUCUGAAGAGAAUUUGAUUGACAUGGAAGCUGGAAACCUCCCCCAAAAUUGCAAUAUCACAGAAUGCCAAGACCCAGACUUGCUUCACAAUUGGCCUGAUGCUUUCGCCCUUCGUGGUAAUAAUACUUCUAAAGUUACAAAUCCAUUCUGGAAUGAACUGUCUGCUUCUAACCCAUUUUUGGAUGACAUAACUCAGCUAAGAAGUAAUGAAAAGAGACAGAAUAUUUCCAUCUUGAAGGAAGAUCCUUUUCUUUUUUUAAGAGAAGUCGAAAAUGGAAAUUCUUUUGAUUCUUCUGGUGAUGAACUUGAUGUUCAUCAAUUACUCAGGAAGUCUUCCUCUAGAAAAUCUGGAAGAUCAAAAAGUGUUUCAGAACUUCUGGACAUUUUAGAUGACACAGCACAUGCCCAUCAGAGUAUGCAUAAGUCUGGUCAGAUUCUAAUACAAGACUUAGAAUGGCUUAAAGAUGACCGGGAGGCUUAUAAAAUGGCUUGGUUAAGUCAACGCCAACUGGCCCGCUCUUGCCUGGAUCUGAAUACGAUUAAUCAGAGCCCUGGAUGGGUGCAAACACAAGUUGCGGAUAUCACCAUAGUUUGUAAAUUAAACCACCAAGGAGGGUCAGUACAAUUACCUGGAUCAGAUAUCACUGUUCAUGUGCCCCAAGGUCAUGUAGCUGUGGGAGAAAUUCAAGAGGUGUCUUUAAGAGCUUUCGUUAAUCCUCCAAAAAUGCUUAACCAUAAUCUUUCAUGCACUGUAAGCCCACUGUUGGAGAUCAUGUUAGGCAACCUCAAUACUAUGAAUGCCAUCUUGCUGGAGAUGAAAAUUGGGGCUGAAGUGAGAAAGGAUCCUUUCAGCCAGGUCAUGACGGAAAUGGUUUGUUUACACAGCUUGAAUAAAGAAGGCCCUUUCAGAGUGUUAAGCAACUCCUAUAUUUAAAAAGACACCAUCCAAGUCAAGCUCAUGGACUUGAGUCAAGUUAUGUAUCUAGUGGUGGCUGCCCAAGCAAAAGCUGUUCAAUCACCAGCUACAACCAUUUGGGAUUAUAUCCACAAAACCACCUCAGUUGGAAUUUAUGGACCCAAAUAUAUCCACCCUAGUUUUACUGCUAUCUUUACAGUUUGUGGACACAGUUACAUGCCAGGAAGGCUGACAAUCUCUGAUAUUAAGAAGGGUGAAGAAAAGACAUCUCCAGUCGUAUUUCAGCUCUGGGGAAAGCAUUCAUUUUUACUUGAAAAGCCACGAGAUUUAAGUAUUUCUGUUUUUUCAUGUGAUCCUGAUUUUGAAGUAAAGGCAGGAGAAAGGAAAGAAAUUAAACAAAAGCAGCUGGAAGCAGGCGAAGUGGUUCAUCAACCAUUUUUAUUUUCUUUAGCUGACCACAGAGAAACACACUCAUUUGCUUUUUGUGUUCAGGUGCAAUCUCCCAACGGGAAAUCAGUUGCACAGUUCUCUAUCACUACUCCUGAUCCAGCCCCAAACCUAAAAAGGCUCUCAAAUCUGCCAGGUUGUUUGCAGAAGAAGGAAAUCAAGUCUGCUCCUUUAUUACCAGAAGUACUUGUCAAAUAUCCCACAUUUCAAGAUAAAACAUUGAACUUAAGUAACUAUGGGGUAACUCUGAAGACAGUACUAAGACAAAGCAAGAUUGAUUACUUACUUGAAUAUUUCAAAGGGGACACGAUAGCUCUUCUUGGAGAUGGCAAGGUAAAAGCCAUUGGGCAGUCUAAAGUGAAAGAAUGGUAUGUGGGAAUCCUCAGAGGUAAGAUUGGACUUGUGCACUGCAAAAAUGUCAAGAUAAUUUCAAAGGAGCAAGUAAUGUCUAUGACAGAUAGUGUCUUCACAACUAGGAACCUUCUUGAACAAAUUGCCUUGCCUUUUAAAAAACUAACUUAUAUCUACUCAGUUGUGUUAACCUUGGUGUCAGAAAAAGUUUAUGACUGGAAAGUGUUAGCUGAUGUCCUUGGUUACUCGCAUCUGGCACUAGAAGAUUUUGAUCAAAUGCGAGCAGAAAAAGAAUCAGAAAAAGUUUCUUAUGUUGUAAAGAAGUUAAAGGAAGAUUGCCACGCAGAUAGAAAUACAAGGAAGUUUCUUUAUGAACUUAUUGUGGCUCUGCUGAAGAUGGACUGCCAAGGGUUAGUAGCACAUCUCAUCCAAGAGGCUGCUAUUCUGACUUCAGCUGUCAAGCUUGGAAAAGGCUGGAGGGAACUAGCUGAAAAGUUAGUGCGACUCACAAAGCAACAAAUGGAGGCAUAUGAAAUUCCUCACCGAGGAAACACUGGAGAUGUUGCUGCUGAGAUGAUGUGGAAACCUGCCUAUGAUUUUCUUUAUACUUGGAGCGCUCACUAUGGAAAUAGCUACAGAGACGUGUUACAAGACCUUCAAUCAGCUCUGGACAGAAUGAAAAACCCUGUGACCAAAGAGUGGCGAGACUUAACUGGAGCUUUAAUACUAGUACACUCUUUAGAGGUUUUGAGAGUUGCUGCAUUCUCCGCUUUUGAGGAAGUAUAG